CACGUCUGCCCGCUCUCGCAGUGCAGCGCUCUGUUAAAGGGAGGCAAGCCAGGCUUCGUGAUCCGUCUUGCCCUUAACCUCACCUAAAACAAGCGGGGAAAGUGGACCGGCGGCUGCGGCUCGGUGGCCAGUCAAAAGGACGCCAUACCGUUCCUCCCAAUCGAUGAAAGGUCGUGUUUGGUCAUUUCAAAUCAUGGGACGGUGAUCCCGACAAACCGAGCUGAACGGUUCACUGGCAAAUGGAGAAGAUGCAAAAUUAACCGAGAGAGAGAGAGAGUUUGGAAAAGGUUUCCGAGAAACUGCAGCUUCAAGAAGAGAGGGCAGAGGAUUUCUUUAUUUUCCCACCCUCGUGUUGUAUGUUAAACAGCAGCACUGUUGUAUUAAAAUUAAAACCGCGAAACUUGCCAGUGUGGACAAGGGAACUGAACAUCGACUUGGGGAGUCCUACACUUCUCUAUCGAGGAACCUCAGACCGAGGUACUGUGAAUCACAGCUAGUGGGGAAUAAACUCAAGAGGCCGGGGAACUGGAUUCAUCCACACUGGGUUAUGUAUUGUGAUUUACAGUAUAUAGCUCGUGUGAACACACACACGCAUACACACAAAAAAACGGGUGACUGAAUGGAGCCCGUCACUGGGCGGAAAACGAUGGUCUGGAUACCACUGGGGCAGGAGAUCCACCUGCCCGAGUCAGAAAGAAAAAACAGUCAGCUUCAAACAAAAAACAAAAUGAUGUAAAAAAAAGUUUGGAGAUUCGGAAGAUUUAUCCGUAUAAAUUCAACAAAAAAGGAGAGAGAGACGGGAGGGUGGGGGGAAAAAGAAAACCGACUCCAACCAGGGAUUGGAGGUCUGAACUCUUGCUUCAUGGAUUUCCUCCUUGUGGCUCUUAGUCUCCAGUGGCUGCUGCAGAAGCCUUCAGUGUGGCUGGCGUGUGUCCUCGGCUUGUUGUUGGAAAUGCUCCCCGGCGCUGAGAGUGUGUGCGCCAGUCAGUGCCGUUGCGACGGGAAGCUGCUGUAUUGCGAGUCGCAGAGCCUGGGCGAGAUGCCGCGGAACCUGUCGGGGCUGCAGGGUCUGUCGCUGCGCUACAACAGCCUGUCGGAGCUGCGCGCCGAUCAGUUCGCCGGCGUGCUGCAGCUCACUUGGCUCUACCUCGACCACAAUCACAUUUACUCGGUGGACGGCGCCGCGUUCCGCGGGCUGCGGCGCCUCAAGGAGCUGGUACUCAGCUCCAACAAGAUCACCCAGCUGCCCAACUCCACUUUCCGGCCCAUGCCCAACCUGCGCCACGUGCAGCUUUCCUACAACAACCUGCAGUCCCUGGAGCCGGACCUUUUCCACGGCCUGCGCAAGCUGCAAACGCUGCACCUGCGCUCCAACGCACUCAAGUACAUUCCGGUUCGAAUAUUCCAGGAUUGCCGGAGCCUCGAGUUUCUGGACGUAGGAUAUAAUCAGCUACAGAGCCUUGCCCGGAAUGCGUUCGCGGGCUUGUUGAAACUAACUGAACUCCACCUGGAGCACAAUGAUUUGGUGAAAGUAAACUUUGCUCAUUUCCCACGGCUCCUCUCCCUGAGAACCCUCUACAUGCAGUGGAAUAAAGUCAGUAUUGUAGUGAAUUCUUUGGAGUGGACUUGGAACCAUCUAGAAAAAUUAGACCUCUCUGGGAAUGAGAUUGAGUUUAUUGAAUCUUAUGCCUUUGAAGUAGUGCCUAACCUCAAGAUACUUCAAUUGGAUUCAAAUCGCCUAACCACCAUCGAACAAACUAUUCUGGAUUCUUGGAAAUCCCUCACCAGCAUCAGUCUUUCUGGAAACAGCUGGGAAUGCAGUCGGAAUAUCUGUGCUUUGGCCACCUGGCUGAGCAGUUUUAAGGGUCAUCAUGAAGGCAGCCUGUUAUGUGCCAGCCCUGUGCAUACUCAGGGCGAGGAGGUUCUAGACGCUGUGCAUGGUUUUCACAUAUGUGACGACUUGGUCACAAGCACACUGGCAAUUUCAGACAUGACCAGUGUGGCAGAAACAAACCAAGAUAUGACAGCAGUCAGAGAUGCUUCCAGCAUCUAUGUCACGCAGGAUACAACAGGAAUAAAAACCACUGAUUUAAUCACUGCCACUAGUGAGCUUUCUCACGAUCAACAGGAAAAUACUAUUCAGGUUCACAAAGUAAUCACCGGCACCAUGGCAUUGCUUUUCUCCUUUCUGAUAGUGGUGUUAGUGCUGUAUGUCUCAUGGAAAUGUUUUCCUGCUGGCCUCAGGCACUUAAGGCAGUGCUUUGUGACACAGCGCCGCAAGCAGAAACAGCAACAAACUAUGCAUCAGAUGGCUGCCAUGUCCACGCAGGAAUACUACGUGGACUACAAACCCAAUCAUAUUGAAGGGGCACUGGUGAUCAUUAAUGAUUAUGGAUCAUGUUCAUGUCAUCAACAACCAGCCAGAGAAUGUGAAGUAUAAUUUUCAUUCUGCCUCACUGGAAAUGAAACAUUACAAGUGGACAUACUGCAGUUAGAGACUGACACACCUAAAAGGACCACUUUACAAUACUGAGUAUGAAUGAAUUACACAGUACUGAUUCCAACAAAACCUUGCACCAGGAUCUUUCAACAGUCCAAACAAUAUUUAAGCUUCAAUGCGUCUUUAAAAUCUUUCAAAUCAUCCUAUGUUUGACUGUCAUUUAAAAUUUGUAAAAGGAAAAAAUGUAUAUGUAACUCUUCUCACCAGUUUCUUAUGAUAUUAAAUCCACCUGUAAGAUCUGGGAAUAAGGGAGUACAAGGCUCAUCAAGGAUGUAAGUUAAUCAAUUUUGUAA